CACACACACACACAGGACCACCGGGUACAUAUUUGUGUUGCUGUGAUAAUUCUUCUUCCUGUUGAUUUAUUCAGUAACAAAACAUAACCAAACAACUUUGAAGUGUUUCUGGAGAAGAAACCAAAAAUCCACAGAUCUUUCUGCCAUUUCUUGGGCCACAGUCGGCACUUAAUUCAUCUCAAGAGGCACCAACUCUUUGCUUCAGAUGUAACUCCUUUCUUUAGGGACCAAUUAUCUGUCUUCAAAGCAUUCAAAGAAAUAUUUGAAGAAUUCUAAGAAUGGCUCUUUUAAUUGGAAUGUUGUUAAUGUGUGCUGGUGUGACUAAGUUGACCUUUGUUAAUGCUGGGGUGGACAUUGGUCAAACAUCAGUCCAAGAAAUCAGUGGACAGCAAGUAGAGGUGGCCACCACAGGAAGACUGACCGACAUCAUUUAUUUAGAUGUUUAUUCUUCAAUAAAGAAAUUAAAAUGUGAGAAAAAUAAGAUAAUUCUCAUUGGAAAAGAUGAUUCGUUGGGCCGCAACUGGACCGCAGGGCAGAUUGUUGUUGGUGGACCAAAAUGGGAAUGUUUCCUAAAUUCUUUGAACCCUCACCAGAAAGGGAUCUAUGGUGCAGUGACCCAUGUCAGCUUUGCUAAUCAUCGUCGAAUUAAUGUAUUCAUGAAGGAAAUAAGUUCCUUGGGUCUGUUUGAAAACACCACCACCUUCUCCAUCCAUUUGAGACCAUCCAACACCAAACAGUCAGCUUCCAUUCAACCAACAACUCACCAAAACACUUCUGUCACAUCACAAAAUGUGGUAACUUUCCUCAACCGAUUUUCAACCAGACCAUUCCACCUGAUCAAAUUGAAGGACAGUGAUGAUUUAGUUAAGAUUCUUGAUGACGACUACAACAACAGCAACAUUUCUGGAGCAAGUAUGGAUCUAUCAGUCAAGGUUUCAAACUGCGAAACAAGAUCCAAUAUAUCUUUUGAUAUGGAGCUGGUCAUUGCCAAAGACCCGGAAGGAAUAAGUUGUGUCAAAUCCUUUUAUAAUCAGGUGAAUGUCAGUUUGAAGUCAUUGCUGGAAUUAAAUACAGAGAUAUUUAACAAGACUGCUAAUCAAGUCUCAACUUCAAUGUUUUCGCUGCUCCUGGAAGAAGUCAUGUGA